GAAACGAAGAGUACCAUCAUCAGUUCCCCUAUGGCCUUUCUCGAAGAUGAUGCAGGGUCCCAUCGAGCGGCGUUGCCAUAUCACUUGUCGUCGACCGAUUUGGUUCCGUUACCGCGCGCCUGAUUUCGCCAUUCCCACCCAAGGCACGACUUUUCUCAACUGCACUUCUGGCGGGAGCAGCAGCAGUGGUUGCAGCAGAGUCAAGAACAUCGUCGCAAAACCCCGAGACGUGGCGGGUGCUUAUCGACAGUUCGCUUCCAAGCCGGUCACGGUCGCCAGUAACAGCAAGGCAGCUUCCUACGAGAAAAAUUCCCUUUUUCUGCGGAAGCUAGCGGAGAAGACACUGCUCGGAGAAGAGCAAAGUCGUGCGGUCGCUCGGCAGCGCACGAAUUUGUUCACGAAUGAAAACACCGAGACAAAAGCCGGUCGGCGCAGCAAGCAAUGGAAGCAAGCGAUGGAGAAAUUUGGCGAGGACUGGGGGAAACUGAGCCAAUCGGAAAAGCGUGCGGUCGAGAAGGGAAAGGUAUUGGAGCACAGUUUUACCGAGAAAUACACACCGCCGCCGAGAAAAGCGUCCGACCCCCUGUUUCCAGACUACGACGCAGUCGUUGCCCGGCAGAAGCGGUUGGAUCUCAAAGCACAGCAGGCCAUGCUAAAAAGGACGAGUAAUCUUCCGUCGGUGUCUGGUGCGACAUCAAACCGGCACGGUGGUAUUCUGGGUUCUACAGCGCGGGAACAAAAUUUUUCAGAAAAUUUUGGGCGGCAGCCGGAUCGGUACCUGCAAACAGACACAACAAACACGACGGAAGAGGCAUCAAAGGAGCUGGACAAGUUUCUGAUUUCCGUUCCCCAUGGUCUGGAGCCGCUGUUGGAGGAGGAACUAUGAACUGCAAAAGUGUCGUACUAGUAUAAAUCGCAAUACAAACUGGCUCAGCAUUACAAAUUGAAUUUGUAAUGCGGAUUUAAGUACCUAAUCCUAAGCCGAUGCCUAACCAUUUAGAUUUGUAAUGCAUAACUCGGAUUACUACGAGUAUGAUGCUUUUGCACAGGAUAGGAACUGUAUGAGAGCAUUUUUCCGCACACGCCCGGCACCAUCACGCACAUGGGUAAGGGGUUGGUUUUCGUGCAAGGGCGCUGCGAAUUGCUCUGGAAUCUCGCGAUCACCGCCAGAUUCGUGGAUCACGUCCGCGUGCUCUUCGCGCCCAUACUUGCUUUCGGUGAGGCGGAGUUGAUGCGCGGCGUAAAGGGCAUGGAAGCGGACUGGGGGCGGUUCCUGCCGCCGCAUUUUCGAGAGGAAGGGCAGAACGAACAAGAAAACCAGGAAUUAUUAUCCGGGCAGAUGAAAAUGAAGCCAAAUAGAGAAGAGGACAAAUCUACUCGUCUCGGUGCUGAAACGAAUGUUGACCACUUGCAGAUACAGGUCGUGGCAAAGUGCGACGAAAAGUCGCGACUCAAGGACGUGCGCCUGGUAUCUGACCUAGUGGCGCGCUCGCUGCCUGUCCGUCGGGUAGACGUGGCGACGAUCCGCAGAAGGGUUCUGGAAGGAGAGGAGAAAACUUCGGAGACAUCAGCAGAAGAUGAGGCAAAUCAGGAAGAAAACAAGCCGGAGGCGAAGCGAAGAAAGGCCGCGGAACGCGACCUGCAAUUGUACGACCGAUUUCAGCGCCACACGAGCCCCGACAAAGACGUGACGCAGAUAAAAGUAGAGAUGCGCCACAACAAGGCGCAUCUGAGCGUGUACGCGGCCGCACGCCCGCGAUUAGGUUGCGCGAAGCCCUGCGAGCGGCUGCCACCCCCGGUGGCUUCCGCUUGCAUUGUCAAAUGCGUGCGCGCGAUGGACUACUACAGAGGUCCCACGGAACUACCUUUGGAAAGCAGUGGUUUUGCACGGGAGACUCUCGGCGACCAAGAGCCUGCGUUCGCCUCUGGAUGCCGCAGCGUGACUGGAAAGGCAGCUAAAGACAUGUGCCCUCCGACACGGAUCCUUUGGGAUCCUUUUUGCUCCGACGGGGGGUUACUACUAGAGGCACUGAGCGUUUUGCAAGAGACACCGCCAGGAAGUCCAAAUUUGAACUAUCCAAUGCUCCGCUUUCCUUCGCACGACGAGCAGAAGUUCCAAGAGUUUCAACGGGAUUUGUGCGACCGCAUCGGUUUUGAUCCGGAGCUCUCGAGGCCGCUGCGAAGUCUGGCGUUAGUUGGCAGCCACGAGCGCGGAGUAGCCACCGCAAUCGACAAUUUCCACGGCUACCUGAAGCGCAUGCCCCGCACCGAUGUGGUGGCAGAAAAGCCGAAUCCGUUUCUCGGCGCUACUUUCUUGGGCGAAGUAACGACGAGCAGUUUCAGUCCUGAUCUGCGAGACGGCGAUCCAGGGGAAAAUGCGGAGCUUCCUGUGAGUGCUUACAGUAGUAAAGAUUUCCCCGACGGCGCCGGGGGAAAGGAGCGGGACGGCACAUUAUCUGGUGGUCGAAAGCUCUCGCGACGAAGAGCAGCCCCUUCACUCGUCGGAGGGAUGAAGGCAAGAUCUCGAGCGACGCAGCUGCGACAAGCGGUGCAGCCACUGCACAGUGUGAGCUUCUACAAAGGAAAAUGCUCCGUUGAGUUCGCGGAGGAGCUGUUCUCACAAAAAUUUCAAGUUCCUGCCCUCUCAUCGUCAGAUGCCGCGGAAAGGCAUGUCGAAAUUCCCGCGCGCAGCAGAACACUUGUUCCACCACAGGUAACGCUGUUGACGCAUCUACCUUCUGGACCGGGCGUUUCUUCCCGCUAUGCGCUGUGGGCGGCAAGUGCAGUGACGAAAAUUCUGAAGAAGUGCUCGUUUGUCACGGAUGCUUUUUGCCUCACUGCGCGCGGAGAUUUGCAACGCGCGUCUUCGGCCAAUCUCGAUUGGCGUGUGCAGUUGCGGGCACAAAAUAACGAAAAUGGAUCGGAUUUGCAAUUGUUGCGGUGGCAGCGCGCAUGACGAUAUCAUGGGAAUAUGAAUUGAUGAUAAUUUAAAUUUUCUCGACGAAGUCAAAGCUGAAUAUUCAGAAAAAGAG